AUGCAGUCUGGGUGUGUCAAGACCAUCGACUCCUGCUGGGUUCUGUAUGAGGAGAGCCAGUCAAGCAGUGCCAGUCGACCACGCACCGGCUCGGAGGCGACGGCCACGACGGAUGAUGCCGCAGAGGCUUCUGCGCAGCAGGCACCAGAGCCUGCGCGGCCGCUAGUGGGAUCGGGGCUGACACCCUUGAGCGUUCGCAAGCAGGCACCAGCUCCACUGCCUGCGCUGCCGCCAGCGCCGAUGACGGGAAAGGCUCCAGCGACAGCGCCAGCGCCAAUGCGGUCGUCUUUGCAGCCGGCUGUGGAAGCAAGCUCGAGAUUGCAGGCCCCGCUGCGGUCGGCGACAGCGCCAGCACUUCUGCAACAGCUGCCGCCGACGGUGCCGACGGCUUUGAACGCCCGCGGCGGCAAUGAGACUACGCCCUCCCAGAAGGUUGUAUCCGCGGCGACCUUGCAGUGCGCCCCAUAUCCGCCAGAGGAGGGCUCCCAGGGCUCCGCCGAGAAGAGGUGCAUCCAUGGCAACGGCCUGGGGGACGGCCACGUGUACUUCUGGAACGCCGACCGCGGAACCCCUCGUGCCGCGUGCGGUGAGCAUGCGGACUGCAGUUGCUGUCGGAAGCGGGUCUCCGAGGUGGCUCGCGCCAGGUCGUGGGAGAAGGCGCGCGAGGGCGCCGGUUGCAGCAACUGGCAGAGUAUCCAUGCGUUCGAGCCCGUCGUUCUGGGCAGCGUGGACAAGUGUGGAGAGUACUGCAGGGCGCACCAAGGUUGUGUGGGCUUCGACUACCAGAAGGAGGUCGACAGCAUGUGCAGCCAGAACUCUGGCGCUGGUAGGGGUGCGUGUUUGCUGUGGUUCGGGGACUGCCAGGAUAACUCCAACGCCUGCUACGACCGCUACGAGAUGAUUGCAUCUGGUAGCGCUGAAGCUGCCUCUUCGUCUGGCACCACUCUCUCGGCCUUGCGGAGUUUGGGUGACCAGUGGGAGCGCUCUGAGAAGAAGGGGUGCGCGAACUGGCAGAGCAUCCAACAGGACAGCGUCACCGCCUCGGAUUCCAACCAGUGCGCGGCGCUGUGCGAGUUGAGGGGGGGGUGCAAGGGCUUCGGCUUCAAGACGGCCAACGGGUGCGAUCCGCAAGGGAAUGGGGCCCACCGUGGAGCCUGCGUGCUGUACAGCGGCGAGUGCAAGUUCGCGAGGAACGACUGCUGGGACCACUACGGGCGCCGGGACGUGGCGCCGGCCGCUCUGCAAGCCCCCGGGCUGCCGUCCAGCGCACCGACCUCUCCGACCCCUUCCGUGCCCAGCGCCCCGCCCCGAGGGGACGGCACUGCAACGACCGCUGGGACCACGGGCGCGCCGUCGGAGGGACCAGGCACGGGGCUGAGCCAGAAGCCGCCGCCUGUGGCGGCGCCUGCCGGCGGCGCGGGGCAGGGCGGCGAGGACACCGCCACGGCGGCGGGCGACCUCAGCGCUUUCGCCAGGGACGAUGUCGCGGAGAUCGAGGACGUGGCCGCGCCGGCCUCCGCGGCGUCAUCCGGCGAGGAGGUGGCAGGGGCCCUGCGGCUUGAGGCGAGUCACCCCGAGGAGUUCAGCUCGGAGGGGGGGCAGUCGAG